AUGAGAAAAAUCAUUGUUAUAUUAUCACUUUUAUUACCUUUCGGUUUGUCAGAAGAAUUUAUUAUUAAAUUAAAAGAUUCGAAAUCUUUUGAUGAGUUUAUGAUAUCAAGUUAUGAUGACACACAAAAUAUUAAAAUGAAGGAUAUUUUAAAUGAAAAAAUUAAUAAAAAUUAUUUAUUUGGAAAUUUUAAUGCUUUUAAAAUAAAUCUGAACAAUGAAAAUAAUAAAAAUGUAGAAUUAUUGAAAAAAGAAUUGAAAAAAAAUCCAUUUGUUGAUGAAAUUAUACCAAAUAUUGAAAUUAAAUUAUUUGAUAAUACUGAAUUUAACGAAUAUUUAAGUUGUAAUUCAUUUGACUAUAAUGAAAAUCAAUUCUGUGAUGAAAGUGACGAUGAAGAUGAUGAAGAGGAAGAUGAUGAGGAAGGUGAUAGCGAUGAUGAAGAUAGUGACAGUGAUAGUGAUAGCGAUAGCGAUAAUGAAAGUGAUGAUGAAGAUAGUGAUAGUGAUGAUGAAGAUGAUGAGGAUGAAGAUGAUGAGGAUGAAGAUGAUGAGGAUGAAGAUGAUGAGGAGGAGGAUGAUAGUGAUGAUGAAGAUAAUUAUAAUGAUGAUGGCGAUGAAAAUCAUCCUAAGGAAAAUGACGAUGAUGAUGAGGAAGAAGAGGAUCAGACUGAUAGAAAGAAAAAACAUAAGCAUAAGGAUCAUGGAAGUGAUGAUAAUGAAAAGAAAAAGCAUAAAGAUCAUGAUAGAGAGAAGAAAAAAGAUAGAAAAAAUAAAAAACAAAAAGAUAAAAAAAAGCAUCAUAAUGAUGAUGAUGAUGAUUCAAACGAGCAUCAUAAACAUGUAAAAAGUAAAUUUAAAGUUCAAAGAGGUGCACCACGUCAUUUAGCAAGAAUUUCAACAAGAGAUAAGUUACCUUUUAAUUUUAGAAAUGCAAACCAAUUUGAGGAACAAUUGAAUUAUUACUAUGAUGAUAAUGAUAAAGGUGAAGGAGUCUUGGCAUAUGUUAUAGAUACGGGUAUUUUAAAGGAACAUAAAGAUUUUGAAGAUAGAGUUGAAUUUGGAACAGAUUUAACUGGUGAAGGUGCAGGAGAUUUAAAUGGGCAUGGUACUCAUGUUGCUGGUUUGAUUGGUUCGAAAACAUAUGGUGUGGACAAAAAAGUUAAAAUUAUUGAUGUUAAGGCCGUUUCAUUGACAGGAAGUACACAAUUAUCCCAUAUCAUAGAAGCUAUUGAAUAUACUGUUAAUGAUUGUAAUAGCAGAGUUGAUAAGAAAGCAUGUGUUGUUAAUAUGAGUCUUGGAUCAUUUUAUGUUAAAGUUAUUAAUGAAGCUGUUGAAAGUGCAAUUGCUGAAGGUGUUGUAUUUGUCGUUGCAGCAGGUAAUAAUAAUAUUGAUGCAUGUUGGUCAAGUCCUGGUAGUUCCAAAAAUGCAAUUACAGUUGGUGCAUUUGAUGAUAGGUUAGAUGUUAUUGCAAAAUUUUCCAAUUGGGGUGAGUGUGUUGAUAUUUUUGCUAGUGGUGUUGAAGUCAAAUCAUUGAGUAGUCAAGUUCCAUAUAAAUAUAUUAAAUAUAGUGGCACUUCAAUGGCUUCUCCAAUCGUUUGUGGAUUUGUAUCAAUUUUGUUAUCACAAGGUGUUAAACCAAACGACGUUCAGGAAGAAAUGGUUAAGUUAUCUACAAAAGGAGAUUUCACCAGAAGAUCAUUAAUAUUUAAACCAUUUACAAGUAAUCGUAUAUUAUUUAAUGGUAUGGAUCCAAGAGAUUCUUAUGAAAAUGAUGAAAUGGAAAAUGAUUGCGGUGAAGAUUACGAGGAAGAAAUAAUAGAUCGCAAUUCUAAUAAGUUAUUAAUGGAAAAGAGUUCUAAACUCGUAUUGGAUUUAGAUUUGGAUUUAAUUUAUGAAGAUAUUCGCAAUUUUAAACCAAAGAGAUGGAUUACAUUCCCUCUAAGAAGAGAAGAGAUUGAAAAUGUGGAAGUAAUUAAUAAAUUGAAAAAGAUAAAAAAUAGAAACAAAAGUAUUCGUGAAAAUGAUGAUAAUGAAAAUAGAGACAUCAAUAAAAGUCGCCAAAACAAAGGUAAGUUGAUUAAACGUAAUAUAUCCAAGAAUAAGAAAAAAAGCAAACAGAGUGAAGAUAUAAAUAUGAACUCAAAAUUAAAAGAUAUACAUGCACCAAAAGUUCAUAGAAGGAGAAGAGUAAUUAAGCCUGCUAUUUAG